AUGACAAUUCAUGUCUGCCGCAGCGAAGCUGCUAGCUGCCGAGGAGUGCCUUUCAAAAUGAACACACGAAUAAGUCGCAAGAAUUCGCAAUAAAAGGAAUUAAAAGUCUCCAGUUGCGUUGAUCGCUGCAUUAAAAAAAAAAAAAAGAAGAAAUCGAAAUGGCGGUGCGACAAUCAGCAGUUUCUCUUCCAUUGGAUAUUUGCCUUUGAGAAAGCCAUGGUAAGGGGAAUACAAAUUUACCGGUAAGGUAACUAUGUCCCUCUCUGAAAGCAAUCAAUCUCAAGUGCUGCUCCAAGGUGCUAAGGAAUCUCAUGAGCCUGCAAAAAAGCCCCAGUCGUUCCUGUCGUCUGUGUUCAGCAGCCACGGAACGUUCGGCAGGAAGAACAUCUUCGCCAGCGAAGACAAGCAAUGGAAGAACGACAAGGGACAAAGUUUCCUGAGUUCCGUCAUCAAUUCCAACCAGGGCAUCUUGACUGAUCUGUCCUCUAAACUGGAGGCGGCCUUGAGCUUGAGCUUGGACACGAUGGAUUCCGACUCGUCCUCCAGAAGCGAUGACGCGUCCUGCCGGAAUUCUGCGCUCAACGAGCUGUCCAAUAGCAGCUCCCAGACGGACAUCCGUCGGAUCAGCCUGCCGGUCACCAAGACGGAGCAACUUGCCAGGAAUCAUCGUUACACCAAGCGCAGAGGGGCGAGGCACAAGGACCGGUCUGUGUACGGGCAGCCAGAAAUAAGUUCUUGCGAGACGAAAAGGAACUGGAAAGAGCAUUCUCAGGAGUCUUUGGACACCGUCGACAGUGGGCAGAGCUUAGGCAACAGCAGUAGCUUUUCGGUUAGCGUUACCGAUUAUAGGCCGUCGAAGAGCGACCCCUUCUACGUGUUCCGCCGCGUGGACUCGGCGGGCAUCGGCGGCAGCGAGUCGGACCCCUGCGGCCAGUCGACGACCAGCCUCGACUCCUCGGACGCCGAGUCCCUCCCGGAGAGCGGCCGGGGCCUCUGCUUCGGGAGGUCCGGGUCCGGCAGCUCGCUCCACUCGUGGGCCUCCAGCCCCAGCAACGACAGCCAGCCGGACGACCUCACCCUGGAAGCAAUGGAAUUCAUGAAGCAAUUCGUCAGGGAGAUUUUUUGCGACUGCAAUUCCAUUACUUUCGAAGAGAAGGCAAGGUUUGGAGAGCUGUGCAGACAUGAAAUAGGUCGACUGUGGUUUGCCCGGUGCGUUAAUGGUCAGAGAGUGCACACUAAGUUAGUCAAAGAGUCAACAUUUUACAGUUUGGUGCAAUAUUUUGCAAUAGUCCUCUUUGAAUGUGCUGAAGCAGAUGAUUUUUCGCCGGCGAAAUCAAUCAUGAACAUGUGUUUCACAUUCUAUCAUGAAAUCAGUCGCGAAGGUAGACCACCGAAUCGAGAGUACUUGUUCAGCUACCUGACCGACCAGCCCAUAUGGAGAUCCAUUCGUUUCUGGAAUGCCGCCUUUUUCGAUGCUGUGCAAUGCGAGAGAGCUAACCGGCAGAUCCCUACCAGAGAUGAUCUUGGCCAUUACAGUGCUGAUGACCUUAGGGAUGAAAAGAAUUUUCAAGAAAAUAUAUUUUUUGGGCAACUUGGUACAUUUACGUAUAAUAUGUAUGCAUUUGGACUGAGUAAAGAAUUUGCAAUGGGAUUUUUGAGAAAGCAGUGCACUAUUGCCAGUUUGUCCAAAGAGCACGUGUUACUGCUGCGAGAAAAUAUCGACCGCAUGUACAGUGGCGACAUUGGAAAAGAAUGUUCCUGAGUUAUAUUCCAUCUCGUUGUUUUUUCACGAGCUCCAUUCCAUGUUCUACGUGUGCUUUUCGUUAUACGUAUCACGUGUCACCAUCAUCAUAUGAAUCAAUCAGCUGGUCUGAGAAUUAAUAGUUCUAGCGGAAGAAUGUUAAAAAAAGUUGAUUAUAUUUAUCCUAAAUAUAUUUAUUUUAGUUAAAAAUUUGGGUA